CUAAAAGAAUUAUUCAACGAUGUCUUGCUGUUCGUCCCGAUCUCUUGCCAAAAGAUCAGACUCAAUUAACUAUAAAGGAUUACAUAGCUGGUCUCCGACCCUGUCGUAAGGGUGGUGUAAGGGUCGAUGCAGAAUGGAUCACCUCUGAAGAGUUUGGCAAAAAAAUUCUCAUUUGUCAUAAUUAUGGUCAUGGUGGUGCUGGGUACGAAUCGAGUUAUGGUACUGCUAAACAUGUGAUAAAAGUCAUGAAAGAAAUGCUACAGAUGCAAUAA